AUGUGGUGGCCAUUCAGCAUCUUCUUCAGCAGCGUCUUCCUCUUCGCCAUCGUCCUGUCCAUCCCCGUCGCCUUUGAUGUGGGCGGGCGCGACAGCGGGCUGGCCUACAGCCUAGGGCUGUCCAUCUUCUACAUCUUCUACUCGGCCAUCCGCCUGGCCACGCCCGAGACGUCGCGCGUGCGCUGGACCAUUGUGUCGCUGCUGAGGCUGGCCCAGUGGUUCGUCAUCCCCUCGCUGCUCAUCUGGGCCCUGGGCAAGUUCGCCGUCGACGCCAAUGCGGGCAGCUCGAGCUGGGUGCAGCGCCACCUCGGCGGCGUCUUCCACUCGAGGAAGACCAGCUGGACCGAGUGGAUGUUUGGCAAGGACGGCUUCCUCGAGACCAUCAUGCUGGGCUCCUGGGACAAUGUGCUGCGCUACUCGGGGCCCGUCUUUCAGCUGCUCGAGGGCUUCUGCACGCUGCUCGUCAUCCAGGCGGCGGGCCAGAUUACUCGAUGGCUGGUGAACCGAGGGCGAAGCGAUACUUGGGUGAUCGUCUUGCUUGCCUUCUCGGGCUCCAUCAUCGCCAGCGCCGUCUACUUCCUGUGGCGCGUGGCCCAGUUCCCCCAGAUCAGCAACAUCGACGCCACGCUCAUCGGCGCCACCAUGACCACGGCCGUGUUUCUGUGCGCGUACGGCAUCGGCAGCGGCCGCGGCAGCCCUGUCGAGUCGUCGCUCCUCUUUGCUUACGUCGUGCUCUGCGUCUAUCAGAUCUUCACCGACUACCUCCCUUCCGACGGCAACUAUCCCACCGAGGACCAAGCCUCGUCUCAGCCCGAAAUCCCCCCGCUUCCGCCCAUCAUCAUGGCCUCGUACUCGACCUUGCUCCACAUACUCAGCACCCUCCCCGGCGCUCUGCACUCUUCGCUCGCCCUGCUGUACGCGGCGUUCCAGACCAUCACGCCGUCCGUCAUCAUCUCUCUCGCAUACCGCCUCUUCGUCUUCUACUGCGCCACCCGCAUCAUCCCAUCGGUACGGGACCUGGGCGCCCGCGCCAUGCUGCACGAGCCUGACUGGGACGAGUCAGAAGCGGCAUCCAUGUUCCUGAGCCUCCUCAGUUACUUUUCGCCCACCAUCUUGAUAUCCGUCUACACCAGCCUGCUGCUACAGCACUUUUCGACGAGCGAGGGGCCGGACGGAUGGACGCUCAGGGGCGGAGACGUGGGCGGCAGCACUUGGCGGUGGAUCAACGUGGGGUUGACAAUGGUGCUGUACGGGGUUGAACUCAUGCUCAGCACAGACGACCAAGAUCACUGGAAGGUGGAUUGA